AUGCUCGUCGAGCUCAAGAACGGAGAAACUCUUAAUGGCCACCUGGUCAUGUGCGAUACGUGGAUGAACCUCACAUUGAAGGAGGUUGUCCAAACAAGUCCGGAAGGCGACAAGUUCGUCAAGAUCCCCGAAGUUUACGUCAAAGGAAACAACAUUAAAUACCUACGAGUGCCCGACGACAUCAUUGACGUGGUGAAGGAGAACCAACAAAACCAGCAAGGAGGCUUCCGUGGUGGCAGAGGUGGAUCGAGAGGAGACCACGGCGGCCGCGGCGGUGACAGAGGACGUGGAAGAGGUCAGGGUCGUGGGGGCAGAGGAAGAGGAAACCGUGGCGGUGGGCAAUGA